AAGCUCUCUUUGUUGCCUUGUGCUCCUCUUCUGCCAAAAACUACCUCCUAAAACUCAGUGCAGAAUUUUUAGGCCUCUUAACCUAUCUUUCUUCUUGAUCAAUCAGAGACAUGGAUGCAAGAUUUCUUUGUCAAACUAGAAGUCCUGUUCCAUCCCUGCCGCGACAGAAGCGUGCUUGUAAGCUCAAACAUCGCUCUCCUGUUCUUGCCGUUCUAACAAGAACACCAGAUAAUAAUAUGACUGGAGAGGAAAAGAAGGCUUCGCAUCCUACUGAUAUGUUAGCAGGACUUGCGAAAAAGACUACUGUCUAUAACGAUAGCUGGUUUGCUAAGCUAGCUAUAAACUAUCUAUCGCAGCGAUUUCAAGAUGCAACAGGGAUGAGAAACAGCAAGAGAGAUUAUGAGAGCUUGACACAGACAGCUAGAGAUACAUGGCGGAAAUUCAGUCCAACUCAACAGCACGAGCUUGUGCUUCAAUCUCUUAAUAGAGCCAUCCCCGCAACGAUAUCGACCUUGGUAAAGAUCAUGCUACCACAGUGCACGUUUACAAGAGAAUAUUUUGCUGCCUUCACAACCUUGUUCUUUGUUUGGCUAGUCGGACCCUGCGAGGUGCGGGAAUCCGACUUCAAUGGAAGAAAAGAAAAGAAUGUGGUUCACAUAAAAAAGUGCAGGUUUUUAGAGGAGACAGACUGUAUUGGGAUGUGUACUAAUCUAUGCAAGGUUCCAAGUCAAACAUUUAUCAAGCACUCCUUUGGAAUGCCAGUUAGCAUGGUUCCAAAUUUUGAUGAUAUGAGCUGUGAGAUGAUAUAUGGCCAGGAACCUCCUGCGAUAACUGAAGAUCCAGCAUUCAAGCAGCCAUGUUAUAAACUAUGCAAAGAAAACCGAAAGCACAGUAUGCAAUGCUCGAGCUAACAUGACGACGCAAGCUGUGAAGGAAGCAGGAAGGCAUUUUACCAUAAGAACCUUUUAUUCUGACAACUAAUUGAGAGAUAUUUCUUUCAUACUGUUUAUUCAAUUCAGAAGUUCAUGACCACUUGUCAUAAGUCACAAUGUUGUAAUGAUUUUUUACUUAUUUAACAAACCACUUGAGGAAUAAGAAAGAACUUGUUCAACACUGGUAAAAAAUAGGCAAUAUUGUUGAGUUGCAUAGAGAUUAGUGUGUGUGCCUCUUUAUUCUUAUCCCUCUUUAA